CACAAAUUCGUUCCGUUGGUUAUUUUGCAGUCAUAGUGCUUGCUUUUCUAAGCUUGAUAAACAAAAAUUGGCAUUCUUAAAGGAGCCGCCUUAUAUUUCAAUGGAAGCGUUCAGGCACCUUUGAGCAUUUUUUGGUUUGAAGAAUGAUUGAACUGACCGCAGUUAUAGUGACAUUAUACAAUGAUAACUUGAUAAGUCACAACAAGGCAAUCAUCUUUUUUAACUUUGACCUUCCUCUCUCUUUCGGGCAUGAAAAAGGGGCUUCGUUGUCAUUUUUCUUGUGUGUCCUUGAUGUGUGCCAAUCUUAUGUUUUUGGUGUGCCAAGGCAAGAGACACUAGAGGUCCCUUAAGAGUCCCUGGCCCAAUCACGUUUUUGUGUGCUGAUUUGUAUGUGCCAUCUUAUACUUUCGGCAUUCCAAUCUCUUUUUUAUGGAGUGCCUUUUUUGAUGUGCCUUUUAUAUUUGUAUGUAUGUGUAAGUGAUAUUCUUUUUGCGCGCACAUUUCUACUUGGACAAAAUUUGCUGCAAUGUGGUACAUUCAGCUAAAGAGACUUGGCUACCUUUCGAGUAAACCUUGAUUCCAAUUAAAAGACAACAUCUCAUUUUCCACUCUUUUCCAACAAUUUUUGUUUUCAGAAAGCCAGAUGAUAGGCCACUGAAUCAAAGACUCUUCCUACAUAGACUAGAAGUAAAACUUUACCGUAAAAAAACAUCCAAGACUCUCUACUUGGCUUAAAAACUAAGGUUCUUUCAUUCCCUCGUCAACUAUCGUCAACUCCCUAUAAAGCUACUAUGUCCCUAGCCACAGAAAUGUACCAUAAAGGGGGAAAAGUUUCCCUCCCUGAGGUGAAUGAAUGGCACUCGCUGUGCUCGGAUAUUCCCAUCUUAUUGAACACACAUCGUUCUCUCAAGGCAGUGCCGCGCAGUUGCUCCUUUCUCCCAUUCCAAUUCCACACCUCACAACCAAAACCGCCCAUUCAAGUCCAAAGACACAAUAUGUUCAAUCCAAGAGUGAUGGAUAUCAAUUCCCGAACCCGAUGCAGCCGGCCAAAUAAGCGCUAUGAGCUCUUGGAAGGACAAUGGGAACACAAGCGAUAUCUCCAGCAUCAACAGCGACUAAGACGAACCAAGUCCAUGGUUGAUAUUGAGCGACCCAAAAGUUCACUCUAUACUCAUGUGCAGCUAAAGGCCAAGAAACAACAGAAAUUGGCGGAACGGAAUGCUGAGGUCAUGAACGAGAAUCUGAUUCUGCUUCGUCAUUUGGCUGAGAUCGCAACCUCCAAACGAGUGGAUGAUGGCUUUGACACGAAAAAGAUCCAUUGGCAGGACUACAUGGGCACCAUCAUCGCCAUGAGGCGACAGCAAGUCCAGUGGUUGAAGUCCAAAUUGGAAGAUAACUUGGCCAACAUAAAAUUGGAAGAAAAGGCCGAUCGAGUGGAAGGAACAAAGUCUGCCAAGAAGAAGAGGAGAGCGGAGACAAAAAAAUCGAUUUAGUUCGAUUGUGAGAUGCCACCCGGAAAUUUGGAAUGUCUAGACGUAAUUAAGUUAUCUUAAUCGAAUACAAAUGAUUAUCAAGACAUUUAG